GGAUGAUCAAUUCAUUGAAUAGCCCAUUCAAAAAUGAGUAGAGCAAGAGUGUUGAAAUGCAUAUUGUGGUUUCAGUAUAAGCGAGUCGGUAGGUUUCCUGGGUGUCAUUGCACCAAUUUAGUGACCGAUACAAGAUGGCUUUGCCUCAAGUCAACCGAACAUCUCUGCAGUUCUCCAAUGUUUUUGAGUUUGAGAAAGACUUUGAUCAUCGUUCGAAAGUCAACUGGUUUGCAGAAAACUGGAACAAAGCCUUCCUGUAUUCGGCCAUAUAUGUGGUGCUAAUCUUUGGAGGUAAAUUUUUUAUGACCAAUCGUCCCAGGUAUGACCUCAGGAUGCCUCUAACCAUCUGGUCAACGACUUUAGCCAUAUUCAGUUGGAUGGGAGCAAUACGAUUAUGGACAGACUAUAUAUUUUUUGUGAAACAAUACGGCUUCAAAGCAUCCAUGUGUGAUCCAAUAUUUUACCAAGGGGUAACAGGAUUCUGGUCCUGGGUAUUCAUCUGUAGCAAAUUGCCAGAGUUAGGAGAUACAAUUUUUAUCAUUCUACGAAAACAACGUUUGAUAUUUCUUCACUGGUAUCAUCACAUCACUGUGUUGCUUUACGCUUGGUACAGUUAUGCUCAUCUUGUGGCACCAGGUCGAUAUUUUGUUCUGAUGAACUACACAGUGCAUGCGCUGAUGUACUCGUACUACGCAUUAAAAGCCUCAAAAAUCCUCUCUGUUCCAACUUGGGUCAACAUCAUGAUUACAUCACUUCAACUCUUGCAGAUGAUUAUUGGCUGUAUAAUUAAUGGUUAUGCUUACAUGUUCAGAAAACAAGGAGAAGUUUGCUCAACUACUGAUUUGAAUCUCCGAGUUUCAUUUCUCAUGUACUUCAGUUACUUCCUUCUUUUUGGUCACUUUUUCUAUUCAUCCUACGUUUUACCUAAAAACAGUCAAUCCAUCGAAAAAGACCAUUUGAAAAAGCAAUAAGCCUUCUACUUAGUAACAAACAAGGCCAAAUUGUGUAACCUUAAAAAGGUAAACAUAGAGUUAAUUUUUCUGGUUAAAAUUUGAAAACUAACAUUGUAUUUACUCGUAUACACAAUGCAAUCAUGUAUAUUUUAAUUUAAAGUGCAACUUAUACAAAAUAAUUACCAGGUAUAAAAUUGAAUAUAAUUACUCUACAUUAUAAUAUAAAGUUAAACUGAUUUAAAAAAAAUUAUAACAUGAAAAAAUGUUAAUUAGUGCUGUAUGUGAUAUUGAUUUACAGUAAUGGACAAUUUUACAAGCAAUUCCAUAGAUUAGGAAAAACAGUAAGUGAAUAAUUCCAAUAUUAAUUAGUAGUGAACAGAAAUACCACAAGAUGUCACUCUAAUUUGCCUAUUUGGACAGGUAUUUUGAACUGUUGAAUUGAUUGAAGGUUAUAUUAGAAAUGAAGCCUAAUCAACAUCAAGUAUUACAUUACGUACAUACAAUGGCUCUAUGAUUGAUUUCAUAGCAAGUAUUGGUCUUGUUACUCUUCAUACUUUUUGUUCUACAACAGAAUGCAUACAGUAUUUAAUCCAGAUCAUACUUUGUCCUACCAAUGCCAUUCAGUAGUAUUCACAAAUGGUAGUUGCCAGUGGCAAAUCGAGGAAUUCAUAAUAUUGGGGGAAGGGGUUGGGAGAGACUAUCGCAGAUGAAGGGUCUAAGGCCACCUCAGCCCCCACCAUCUUUGGGGUGGGUAAGAAUAUAAUUUUCUCCAUAUAUUUUUAAUUUUGAAGAAUUUAGGGAGACCUGGGGAAUCACAACUGGAUGCUCAAUGCUAAUACAAUGAAUAAUUAAUAUCAAGGUAUCACAAGAUAACAGUUGUAUCAAACAUAGUACUCUAUCGAAUUAUGUAUAUCUAGAUCAUUACCAAACGCAGCUGAUAUUUGUGAUAUGGUAUCAUUAUAUAUAUACAAUUGUUGGUCUUAGCAAGAUGAAUCACAAAUUUUGUCACUUUUAACUUAUAUUGUUGAAAAAGCUGUAUCAGCUGUUUAUUUAUAAUCCACCUAUGAUCAAUUUCUGUGCUGAAAUUAAAAAUGUACCAUCUAUCAUAUAAUCUGGAAAAACCUAAAAAAAAUCUAAUAAAUAAAACAUUCAAAAAGUCUUAAAGCAUCAUUCAGUGAAGAUAAAACCAACUGAUUUUUCACUGAUCCAUAAAACUUUUACAAAAUUGUGAAUAAGUAUGUCUUUAAUGAUAGAAGUAUAAUUCACUUGCUACAAUCUAUAAUAGAAAUAUAAAAAAAGUGCUCUGAUCUUCAUGAAAUAGUGCUAUAUAAGUGCUGUAAUGUAUGUAUUACCAGCUUAUGUACGGGUCUACUGUAUGCAAAAGAAUGUAAGAACUGUAUAUCUAUUAAUUGACAAUGAAACUUUUGUUUUCUAGUUUUCAUUUGCAAGUAAAUAAUUUAGCCUUUUACAAGCUAAAUUCAAAUAUUGAAUUUAAUUAUUUUUAGCAUUUCACAGAUUGUAUAUCUUUAUUUUUUAAUACUAUUAUUACUGUAUUUUAUGUGGGUAGGUUUUUUAAAGGAAUUCUACUAUAAAGGGGUCAUUGGUAAUAUCUUUGAAAUAUGGCCAGAAACUAUAAGGCAGAGACAUGAUUGCAUACAUGUGUGCUAAUCAUUCUCAUUUAGUUGCAGCUAUCAAUCAAGCAAAUUUUAAAAGCUGCAGCAAAAUUGUGAAAAAAUGUGUCUUUAAUGAUAAAAAUAUAAUGUAUUAUUAGAACAACUCAUUAUUUAAAAUAUGAAACUAUCACCAACAUAAUAAGUGCAGAGUUUAACUCAAUGUGCAGCUAGUAUUUAAUCCAAGUAUUAUGCCAUUGGAUUCUUUUAGAGUACCUCACCAAAUUAUUGCAGUAAUUCAGGUUGUGUCCACACAUCAUGUUGCUACCUAAUUAUAAUAUCUUACUGGCAAUCUAUUCAGCAUUCUUUCCAGCCAUUUUAUCUACGAUAUAAAAGAUCAAUGUCCAUAAUAGAUUACGAAUUACAUAUUUUACACGCGCAUUUGCCAUAAGAAUAAUCACUUGAUUGGAAAUUUUCUGUUUAGUGUACAGUACAUUAAUAUUCACUCUGUACCUUGUACAUGCAAAAUGAAUUUACAUAUUUCAACUGCUGAUAUUUACCUAAAACUGCAUCUGUCUUAUAUUAAUGCACUUAUUAGUUGAAUAUAUUUAGCAUAUAUCAUGUGUUAGUGAUUGAAUUUAAUUGUCGGUUACAUUUAUAAAGUGUUAGUGAUUAAAUUUAAUUGUCACAAUUACAUUUAUAAUGGUUUAUUUUCAUUUAAGGAAUUUUAAAUUUUUUGUUAGAAAUUUAAUAUUAUAGACAGAUGACAAAUCUAGCACAACUGUAUAAAAACAAGCAAUUUAAAUUUCAAUAUUUACCAUGAUUAUGAGGUUUGUAUUGAAAAUAAUAAUUUAUUAAGUAUGUAAUGAGUUCAUUCUCAUUAUGUAUAUGUAAGGUCACCUUCAGCUUGUUAAUAACAUUCAAAAAUAUCUAUAUUUGCAUUUUGAAGCAUAGCAUAUCAAUCAUGUUUUUGUAUAAAUUAAUUUCUGGAUUUUAUUAUUUCAUUUUUUGUGGAAAAUGUUGUAUGUGUUGGAUGCAUAGACACUGUUUAAUCUUCACAUUGAAGAUACAGUAUGUUAAGUUUAUAUUUAAGAAAAAGUAUGAAAAUCUUUAAAAAGAUACAUUCAGAUAUUGGUGAGGUAACUUCUAAGAGCAGCUUAAUUGUUACAUGUAUGUGGUUAACUAAACAGGAACAUAAAGAAGUAUUUUAUUUUUAAUAAUUUUCAAAAUGUUAAUUGUUGCCAGAUAAUUUGAUAUGUAAAUCAGUUCUGUUGAUAGUUGACUUGGACCUUUCAACCAAUAAUCGGUAUGUACUGUAAAGAAAAGAUUAAUACUUUAUACCGUAAGUAGGCAUACUGUACUGUAUAUUGAAAUCUGUAGAGCUCUGUAAUGGUUGAGAUGGUUCAAGUGAUUGAUGAUUCAGGAUUAAUGUUAAUCUAAGCCUUUUUUUAUAUUUUGUUAUUGUUGAUUCUUAAUUAAAUGUCUUGAAUGUCUGAUUUAUAUGUGCAGUAGCAAAUUUUGCCAAUAUUGAUAGCAUAUAAAGAUAACCCUUUUGUUUGGAAUUAUAUUCUUUAAACAUGAUGGCCAGUGGAACAAUGGCUUGAAAUUAUGAUAUAUUUCCUAAAAAGGUCUUCACAAUAGUUAUGGUAAUUAUGUUUACUACACCAAUUACUGUGUAAUAUUACAGUAUUAGUUGAUACAUUGAGUUUUUACAAAAUAAAUUUUUUUGUAGGAGUAAAAGGAUUUAUAUUAGAUUUUUAAAUGGAUUUUUCUUCCCUUUCCUAUUGUCUUGAUAACCAGAAUACCAAAUAAACAAAUUCACUUUGGUUUAAACAUG